UCACUUACACUUUCCUACUUUUCCUUGGCAUCAUAUAUAAUUUAGGGAAUCUCUUGCAGGUUUGAUGGUUUUCCAUAUAUCUGGGGACUAUCUACUUGAGAAUUCUUCUUGAAUUGCUCAGUUGAGAUGGGCAUCACUGGAGAGUUGGUAAGGAGUGUCUUCUCUAGAAACCGGUCUGUUGGGACUCAGGAGAGUAAUGUAAGAAGCAAUGUGGCGGAAAGGAAAAGAUGGAGCUCUGUAAGAUCAUACCUCUGUGGCGAUGAAUUCAACUCAGUUCUUGCAGAGGAGGAUUCAGCUUCAGUUAAAAGCUCCGAAGCCACUGUUACACAGCCCAUGCUAGAGGACUUGACAGACAAAGUAGACAUCCAAAAUGAAGAAACCAAGGAAGAUAUACUGGAGGAAACGCAGGAUUCAACCCUUCAACUAUUGAGUGAAGAAAAUGCUGCAAUCAUCAUCCAGUCAGCAUUUAGAGGCUUUCUGGCUAGGCAUGAUGGAAUUGAAGGAAUAAAAUUGAAGAACGGUAACGAGGUGCUCGUUGUAGGAACAGAAAGUCCAAGUAGGGAAUCCGUGGGCACAUCAGUUGAAGUUCAAACAGGAAAUUCUGCAGAAGUUUUCUCAGUUCAAGAAGAAAGAGUGGCUCUUCAUCACGGAAUGCAACAGAAAGCCAGAACUCAAGUUCUAAGGCUAAAGGAAGACUGGGAUGAUAGCACAGUGAGUAGCAACAUAUCAAGAAUGAGGAUUCAGAACAGACUGGAAGCAACAACCAGGCGCGAGAGAGCACUUGCUUAUGCUUUCUCACAACAGCUGCGAAUCUGUUCAAAGAGAAAACAAAGCAAAGCCAAUUGCGCAGAACCCAACAUGGGUUGGAGCUGGCUAGAACGGUGGAUGGCAACCCGCCUUCCAGAAAGCUCCUCAGUCGAGAACCAGAUAAAGAAGCAACUUGAGCCUAUCGACAGCAGUCAAAAAUUCAUGUUCAGGGAAAGAUUUUUCGAUGCAGUAGGAGAAGAAAAAGAAAGUUGUGGAUCAAAUGAGGUGUCCGUCCAAUUUGACAGCUUUAGUGCAGCUGAGCCAAAAAAUGAUGACGGAUUGAAGCCAAACAAAAACAGGCUCAAGGCUACCAGAAGCGUGUCUAGGCGGAAAACUGUGCCGAGCUACCCAUGCACAAGAGAGUAUGCCAAGGUCAACCAGAAGAUUGGUUCAAAGGAGACAGAAGACGAUACAAAGAACAGGCAAAAUCAACCGGGCAGCAAAAGGGAAACCAAAUGCAAGAACUCUUCGUCUUAACAAUCUACCAAUUUCCUGAGCGCGUGCCCGAAAUGGUCUCUAAGAUCUCUCAAGAUCAUGUGUUUGUUGUUUCCAUCUAGGAUGUAUUCUAUUAUGCGGAUUCUAAUAGUCAUUGAAUUACCUAUGUAAAUGUUACGACUUCAAAGUCAUAAUCUUAUCUAAUAAGCUGAACCACAUCAAAUUGAAUCAAC